AAAGCAGUUUCGAUUUCAUCUGUUCGGAGUCAACAUUCGGAGAGGCGCCUUAAUGCCAUAAAAACGCUGGAAAUCUGUCGAACGAAGCUUCAGUGCCAUCCAAAUCAAGCUACUGCUCUACCGACUCCACAGCUUAUCCGCGCUCCGCCCUUGCAGCGGGAACCAAUCUUCUCCUCGAUCGGCGGCAUCCCAUUGAUCGAUCGAUCUUCUAUAGCUCCUCUCUGCCACCGCCAUUUCUACUGUUCCUUGUCAAAGACCGAUGAAAGAAGGUGAACAAAGGUCAAAUGGAAGGGGAUGAGCGAGAGCGAGAUAGAACGGGGGAAGAAUCACGUGCGAGAAAGCUGACCUUCUUCUCGGGUCUCUUUCGCUGUAGCUUUCUGUCGUGAGAGCCGCCCUUAUCUUCUUCUUCGCAAAAAGGAGUAAAGAAGUUGAUAGAUAGGUCGAGAGAGAGAGUGGGAAGAGCGAAAGAAUGAUCGGCUGAAGGAGGGGUGCUGGGUUCCGCCGCCCAUUGACUUCUUGGAUCCACUGUUGCUGCUACAUUUUUCAGUGCACUAUUUCACUGGUACAAGGAGGCCAUGCUCACGCUUGGGUUUGCCCAAGACCAGUGCUAUCAGAUUUGGAAAUCCUGAUGAGCUCCUAAAAUGGCUGUGAAGAACAAAUUCAAGUUAUUUGCACUUGUGGGAAUUGCCUUCUGUGUAGUGUCACUGCUGGUACAUCUUCUGCUUGCAGAUUAUUCAGCCGGGGACAUUAUACAAUACAGGCCAACAGCAGAUAAGAUUUACCAACAUGGAAAGAAGUUUAGAUACAGAAAAUUAUGGGGUUCAAUCCAAUCUUUGGAGAGCUUACAACCGUUUGCUAACCCUAGAAAAGCUUAUCCAGUUCCUGGAAAGCAGAAUGGUUUUAUAUAUGCAAAGAUAUAUGGUGGAUUUGAUCAUGUUAAAUCUUCGGUAGGCUACCUUCAUCAAGUUUUUUUUUUCUUUUUUGGAUUUGAAUUUCUAAAUGUUACGUGGUCACUUUUUCAUCAUUGUCAGAUUUGUGAUCUUGUAGCUGUUUCAAAAUUGCUAAAUGCUACUCUUGUCAUUCCUGAGAUUCAAGAUGGUAUUCAUUCUAAAGGAGUUAGUUCCAAGUUUAAGAGCUUUUCUUAUGUCUACAACGAGGAGCAGUUUAUAGCUGCACUAUCAAAUGAUCUGGUUAUUGUGAAGAGAUUACCUAAUGAUCUAAGGCUAGAAAGGAAAAGGAAUAAGUAUCCAACCUUUCCGAUCAGAUAUUUAGCUCCCCCAAGCUUUUAUAUCAACGAAAUAUUGCCUAAAUUGAAGCAAUCAAAGGCUAUUGGCUUGCUGAUUACUGAUGGUGGAUGCCUUGAGUCUAUUCUCCCCCCAGACAUGGAAGAAUAUCAGAGACUUAGGUGCAGAGUUGCAUUCCACGCCCUUCAGUUUCGUCCAGAAAUCCAGGCACUCGGAAACUUGAUGGUGGAGAGAUUAAGGGCUUCUGGUCGUCCUUAUCUUGCUUUUCAUCCUGGCCUUGCAAGAGAUACCUUGGCAUUUCAUGGCUGUGCUGAACUUUUUCAAGAUGUUCAUACUGAACUCAUUCAAUAUAGAAGGAAGCAGAUGAUCAAGCGUAGUAUUGUUCACGGAAACCUGAGUAUUGAUUCUGCAUCUCAGAAAAGAAAGGGGCUAUGCCCACUUCUGCCUGAAGAAGUUGGUCUUCUCCUUCGAGCAAUGGGAUAUCCUCCAGACACAAUAAUUUAUUUGGCCGGCGCGGAAAUGUUUGGUGGCCAAAGGGUUCUAGUCCCAUUACGCGCUCUAUACACAAAUUUGGUCGACCGAACUUCUUUGUGUAGUAAGACUGAGUUAUCCAAGUUAUUAGGUCCAGAAUCCCCUCUUCCUUCAAAUCUGCCUAUGCCAAUUCCACAGAAAAGCAAGAAACAACUCAUUGAAGAGUGGAACAAAGCUGGGCCUCGACCGCGACCUCUCCCUCCACCACCUGCUAGACCAUUUUAUCAAUAUGAGAAGGAAGGCUGGUAUGGCUGGAUUGCUGAGAGUGACAUUGAACCAGACCCUUCAGCAAUAGAUCUGAGAUUGCAGACACACAGGUUGAUUUGGAAUGCUCUAGAUUAUUAUGUUUCUGUGGAAGCUGACGUAUUUUUUCCUGGAUUUCAUAAUGAUGGUAGUGGUUGGCCUGAUUUCUCUAGCUUAGUCAUUGGCCAUCGGUUGUACCAAAUGGCCUCUUCAAGAACUUAUCGCCCUGACAGAAAAACACUUGCGACGCUAUUAGAUUCAAUCCGCGACAACCUUUAUCAUCCCAAGCAUAAUUGGACACUCUUAGUGCGUGAACAUCUCAACAAUAGUUUAGGUGUCAAUGGCUUGAUAAUGGAGGCCCAGAUGUCCAAACCAAGAUCAUUUCUGUCCCAUCCCCUACCAGAAUGCUCCUGCAGAGCAUCAAAAACUUCUGAAGUUCAAAAACUUGUCAAAGGUCCCAAUGGCGAAAUCUUGUUUGGCGGCGAAGAAAGAUGUCCCGAAUGGAUGGUUCGCGGCCUUAAUUUGGUUCUUUCGGAAUCCGGCAAUUCGAAAGAUGAAGGUGAUGAGAUUCCUGAAGAUGAGAUAGAUUUGGAGAGCGAGCAGGAUGUCGGCGACGGAAGCAGACCGGAAUUGACCAGACCUAUUGAGCAGGAUGAAGAAAUAGAUCCAGACGAUUAGGCCCCCAAAAAAAUGACAAUUUUCAAAACCCAUUGGUUCAAAGCAUCAGUAAAGAACGCCUUGAGGCCGCGGCGCCUGCUUUGAUUCUCUGAUACUAAGGAUUGCUCACAUAGACCCAAAAAAUGAAAGGAAUCUAAUCAUUUUUUCCUAUCUUUUCAGAAGAUCUGUGAAGCGCCAAUAGCUGCAUAAUCUGUACAUUUCUAACUCCAUUCAGUUCAAUUCAUGGUGUAAGAAAUGGUCAUUUACUGGUAGGCAAUUUUGGUACUGCCCUAAUGCUGUAUCUGAUCCAUAAAUUGUUUGUGAAAUUUAUCUUUCAGGCUUUAUGUAGAGGAUUGAAUACCUCCUCUGAUAUUUGAUGAUAUUUUUGGCCAUUUUUGAAACUGAAAUAAAGUUUAUAUUUUUCUUAUA